UCAACUCGCCAUCUUUGAUUUGUAUGGGACGAAAUUUAGAGACAGAAAUACUUGCAGUUCCCACAGUUCUAUCAGCUCUAGUGUUGCCGUUUGUCUACAAAUUGGAACCGGAGCGGGUUUGUUGGAACCCACGACUAUCCGUUACCACCAUGGCUUCAAACAUUGAACCCGUCCACUCGUGUCAUGCCCAGCUUGCAUUGCCAAGGACCCGGUGGUAAAGCAUCUUGACCCGUUGGUAACCCAGGAUUUGAGUGUUACUGUGCAUAGUUCAGGAGAGACGAUAUCCUUCAAAGAGGCAACAAAGACUUACCCUUGUUCCUCUCUGUAGUUACCAUCAUGGCUUCAAACAUUAAACCCGACCUGUCUUUUGAUUGCCCAGCUUGCAUUGCUAAGGACCCUGAGGUAGAGCAUCUUAAACCGUUGGAUACCAAGGAUUUGAGUGUUACUGUGCAAAGUUCAGGAAAGACGCUAUCCUUCGAAGAGGCAACAAAGACUUACCUUCAAGACCACUACUCAGACUUAUCUUGUAACACUUACCGGGUUCCUGCUGCUUUCUAUUACUACAAAUCGGGGAAUCUCGACUUGAAAACAAACGAUGAAGUAUCAGAGGGCGAGGUCGCAAAGCGGUUCCAGAGAGAAGCUGUGGAGAAGGUGGUCCAACGGUUUUACUCGUGGGGCUGUAAGCAUGGGGAAGGCAUUCUUGUUCUCAGUGAGUAUGAUAUGCGCAACUAUCUAAAAGGUGUGAAAGCAGGCAGUAAGAAGCGGAAAACAAUCAACGGCGAGCAUGACGUCAUGGUGAUUAAGCUCAAUACCGUAGUUACAUUCGUUCAAGUCAAGAGCACCGGUGUCAAGAGUGACAAAAUAACCAGCAAAGAGACAACCAUGCAUAGUCAGACACAAACUGCCUUCAAACAAGUUGCUAAAGAUGAGAAAGCCUUCCGCGAGAUGAAUGCUGACCUAGACUUCAUUUCAACGGUGCCCGUUGUUUGCUUUGUUGCACUGCCUAACAUGACACGUGAUCACUUAAGUGAAAUUGGUAUGUGUAACGAUCACAAAGGACAAGUGCUGACAAGUGAAGAUUUAGAGUCGCCAACAGAAUUUAACAAGCGGGUCGGUAAAUGUUUCAAGGCGGAGGAGAGUCUCGGCUUAGAGAACUACAAGGAAUUGUGCGGGAGAUACAUUGGACUGGCGUCCCAUGUACGGAUUCGAACUCUACCAGACGCCAUCGAGAAAACCAGUGCGAAGGUCGGGAAAAUUCUGCUGACUCCUGAACAGAGAGAGAUGAUCAGUGUUGACAAUCGACGCCAAGUCAUCUUCGGAAAUUACGGGACAGGAAAGUCUUUGAUCUUAGCCAAAAUGGCCGAGAAGAUAGUUACAAGUGGCGAAGAAUUGCAAGGAAUAGUAUUCGUUGUAUCAUGUACAAGUAUAAAUCUGGAUCGUGCGUUUGAGGCGGAGUCGAGUGAACAGUCACGUUUCGGUUUCUUGCUUAGCUCUCCCAGUCAUCUCGUGUCACAUCUCCCGAACUUGUUCUCGAAGAAAAUGUCACCUUUUAUCAAGAUCAUGUCCAUAGCUGAUCUUGUCAUCUACUGCUUCCCUGAUACUGAUCCGUACUCUGAACGUUUCAGCCCCGCAUUGAUGGCAAAGCUCACCCGAGGCGUCCUAUCAAAGCACCCAAAUGCUCAUAUCAUGUGGGACGAGGUCCCAUUUGUACUCACCCCGGACUGGACACUUCUUAAAGAUCUUUGUAAGCAAUACCCACGUACAUUUGUCUGGGUAUCCGCAUCAUUAGUAACGUACAUUGGGAGGGAUGCUUCGGACUUCAAAAAGUCUGUUGAGCAUGAACUCAAACCAAACUUUAAUGUAACAUUGCUCAACAGGUGUAUGCGAAUGACGCGAAAGGGUUUUCAGCUUCACCAGGCCUUGAAGAGUCAUUAUUGGAACCCCACAUUAUGCCCAUUUGCAAGGGGGAACGCAGUUGACGGGUCUGAUCCUCAGUGGUACCCUCUACAGAAAUGCUCCUGUGGAAACACCGACCUUCUGAGGUGCACAUGUUUUGAAAGUCAAUUUACCAAUACACUGGAGCGUAUAUGGGGGCUUCUACUGAACAUUGACCCAUCACAUGUUUCCUUCAUCAUUGGUGAAAGGAAAGACAACAUUAACCGCUUUCUAAAGGAUAGUGUGAUCAAAGCGUGUCAAACAUUACACAUCCCAGUAGAUGCUUUGCCAACAUCUGAUGAUGAUAACCACUCGACGCAAGAGACGUCAGAGGAUGUCGCACCAGGGUCGACGUGCCGAAUUAUGGAUAGUGUCAGCUGUAGAGGUUGCGAGAGUCCAGUUGUUAUUAUUGUCAUUGAGGACGAUUUGCGAAUCGAUUUUAGGGAUCGCUAUGGGUAUGCGAGACGGGACCACUUACAAAUGAUGAUCUCCCGCGCUCUUGACAAGAUCUUCAUCAUCACUUUGCCACAGCAAGACAUCGAUACGCUUGUUGAGGAUUACCCACCUAAUUGCGAACCAAACUGUGCAGAUCUAUUGUCACAAAACUUAAUCGUGAAGUGCAAGUUCUACUGACUCUUCCUUGUCAAUGUCUCUG